UUGCAAUUUAAAUUAUAAUGAAUUAGAUAUAUAAUACUAAUAUCAAAAUAAUUGAAAUGAUAUUUAUACCAUGGCCCAUUCCAAAAGGCCCAUUAUCGAAGCGAGGUGGCAGAACGACACGUGGCAUUGGCGAUCUUCUCCAUCUUGCUCCGGCUUCGACAUUCCCAGUUGCAGAUAUGUUCGAAGGGAGGGAGAGAGGUCAUGAAUACUUUCGGUUCUAACAGAUCAAAGAUCAAGCAAUGGUACGCAAUGAAAUCCAAUUCACAGUUCCGUUUCUCUCGUUUUUCUGUCUGUUCUCGCUCUACUCUUCUCUUUUCUCUUUCUCCUCUACCUGUUCUCUUCUUCCUCUUCUUCUUUUAUCUCUUCGACUGCAUUCUCGACUUCUAAUUCGCGCCAAUGCAACUCACGGAUCUUGGACCUGGGCGAGAGAUUUCUGUUUUACGCGCCUCAUAGUGGGUUUAACAACCAGCUAUCUGAGUUCAAGAAUGCAAUUCUGAUGGCCGGGAUUCUCAACCGGACUCUGGUUAUUCCGCCGAUUUUGGAUCACCAUGCCGUAGCUCUCGGGAGUUGUCCGAAAUUCAGAGUUCUGGAUCCUGGGGAGAUUCGGUUUUCGGUUUGGGAGCAUAUGUUCGAGCUUCUUCGAGAUGGAAGGUACGUUUCAAUGGCGGAUAUUGUAGAUAUUUCGUCAUUAGCUUCUUAUACUUCUAUUAAAGCCAUAGAUUUUAGGACCUUUGCAUACUUAUGGUGUGGGAUGGAUCUGGAAAGUGUCAUCAUAUAA